AGCGCAUCUUUAGUGGACUCUCCAGCACAUCUUGAUAUCUAAAAGAAAGCUGGGGAAGGCUUGGGAAAAAUGGCGCAGGCUUCUAAACUUCGCUCCCUUUACCGCCAAUUGCUACGAGAGCUGCCUCUCCCGUCACCGGCGCCCAAUGCGAAAUUGCCGACGAGAUCAAAGCCCUCUAUCCUCUCACACCCAUCCCCUAUCAAAUCACGGAUGCGCGAUUCUUUUGCGAUACCGAAGUCGCCUCUGGCGACAGCUCCCGAACGAUCAGAGACAUACCUCGAAGCUCGCAUACAGGAAGCCGAGCAGUUCAUACAGUAUCUCAGAGCGCAAAGGCAGUAUACAACCUUGCUGGAGAGAUAUAAUCCAGGAGCAAAUAUGGACGAAGAGGAAAGAGUCAGGCUGACGGCAAGAAGAGUCGGGAUGGAAAUGCCUAUCGAAUUCGACGUCAAGCCAUUUGAAAGCGGUGGAGACAAGAAAUGAGCAAGGAAGAAAUGAAAUAUUCAAUUACACAUGUGACGAGUCGAGGGAGCAAUCUGCUUUGGCAAGCGAAGACGUUGAAGGUCAUCAUCUGUCUGCACAUUGGCAUGAAAAAACUUGUCAGAGUCAGCGUGAAUGCAGCCCGGGUAUCGGAUAUACGCAUCUAUGGCGCUGGAACUUUGUGGCGAAUGUAAAGGCAUGAUAAAGAAACUCUCUAGAUGGAAUUGUUCCAUUUCCAUCAUCACCGGUCCAUACUGGAAUUGAAUUUGUUAUUGAAGGUCAGUGUUGAAUCUCUUUAUGCAGAACUAGACCGUAAAUGCAACAGGGCUGCCAUUCAACUAUGCUGAGCAGCAAGAGUAAAGUUCAGAA